GAAUAAUUAGACGCUUCAAUUUCUAUAUGAAAUGUCUCCGGCGCCGGGACGACGACUUCACCUGGCCGUAUAUAUCUUCUCAAACCUUGACCCCGAGACGGCAUCAGCUGGAGUACAUGUACAUGCCGUGCUCUUGCUCUUGCUCUUGCUCAGGCCUUCCUUCUUCGAUAACGAUUGAGCUCGGUGACGAAGCUGCUGCAACAGAGCCCACACGGGGAUGUGAUUGUAUCUGUGAGGAGCUGCUCAAAGUAGAGAACUACUUGCGCCAGCCACCACUCGCUGAACUGAACGAAGACAUAUUUGCAACCAUCUAAUAUCAUCCACUCAAUGACAUCUUGGCAGGGAAGGCUGAAUGAAAAAUGGAUGGACUUCUUUGGCUUGGGGGACAUAAACUGUCUUGCCCCCCUAAGAACAAAUUUUGUGGUGU